AUGUUCCCCAAUGGCACCACCUCCUCUUCCUCCUCUCCUAGCCCCAGCCCGGGCAGUUGUGGCGAAGGCGGCGGCGGCAGGGGCCCCGGGGCCGGCGCUGCGGACGGCAUGGAGGAGCCCGGGCGAAAUGCGUCCCAGAACGGGACCGUGAGUGAAGGCCAGGGCAGCGCCAUCCUCAUCUCUUUCAUCUACUCCGUGGUGUGCCUGGUGGGGCUGUGUGGGAACUCCAUGGUCAUCUACGUGAUCCUGCGCUACGCCAAGAUGAAGACAGCCACCAAUAUCUACAUCCUCAACCUGGCCAUUGCUGAUGAGCUACUCAUGCUCAGCGUGCCCUUCUUAGUCACCUCCACGUUGCUUCACCACUGGCCCUUUGGCGCGCUGCUCUGCCGCCUCGUGCUCAGUGUGGACGCAGUCAACAUGUUCACCAGCAUCUACUGUCUUACUGUGCUCAGCGUGGACCGCUACGUGGCCGUGGUGCACCCCAUCAAGUCAGCACGCUACCGUCGGCCCACCGUGGCCAAGGUGGUGAAUUUGGGGGUGUGGGUGCUGUCGCUGCUGGUUAUUCUGCCCAUCGUGGUCUUCUCACGCACAGCGGCCAACAGUGACGGCACAGUGGCCUGCAACAUGCUCAUGCCCGAACCUGCCCAGCGCUGGCUGGUUGGUUUCGUGUUGUACACUUUUCUUAUGGGCUUCCUGCUGCCCGUCGGGGCCAUCUGCCUGUGCUACGUGCUGAUCAUCGCAAAAAUGCGCAUGGUAGCUCUCAAAGCCGGCUGGCAGCAGCGCAAGCGCUCAGAGCGUAAGAUCACCCUGAUGGUGAUGAUGGUGGUGAUGGUGUUUGUCAUCUGUUGGAUGCCUUUCUAUGUAGUGCAGCUGGUAAAUGUGUUCGCAGAGCAGGACGACGCCACAGUGAGCCAGCUGUCGGUCAUCCUUGGCUAUGCCAACAGCUGCGCCAACCCCAUCCUCUAUGGCUUCCUUUCGGACAACUUCAAGCGCUCUUUCCAGCGCAUCCUGUGCCUCAGCUGGAUGGACAACGCCGCGGAGGAGCCGGUCGACUACUACGCCACCGCCCUUAAGAGCCGCGCGUACAGCGUGGAGGACUUCCAGCAGGAGAACCUGGAGUCCGGUGGCGUCUUCCGUAAUGGCACCUGCACGUCCCGGAUCACGACUCUCUGA